CUGAACGAUGAAUUCCUCGGUCCUUAACUACACUAAAAAUUGAGACUAAAAAGUAGAUUGAUUACUCUGUUAUGUUUAAUUUGUUUCCAUCAAAAGAUCCAAAACCUUGUAGAUAAUAGUGGAGACUGGAGAGAACUGUCAUGCAAUGGUGUUUGGGCAGCUUCGCAGUCCAACACUGUUGAAGUCCUCAGCUGCUUCCACACCUGAAAAUCCCGAGGUUGUUUCCUCGGGGAAAACACUCCAACGCUCAAGUCAACAAUACUCGGAGUUCUAGAGAAAGAUUCUCUCAAAGAGUAAUUGCAGAGAGAGAAGCGUAGAGAUUAAUUACCCUCAUUGUUGGUAGUUGGGGGGUAUUUAUAGUCCCA